AUGAAGAUCUUCCUUUUCCUAGUUCUUAUUGAAGCUACUGCUGCUAUCCCAGGUAAUGAUAGUGAUGACAAGAUUAUUAGAGGCUACGCAUGUGGGAACAACUCUGUCCCCUACCAGGUAUCCCUGAAUGCUGGCUACCACUUGUGUGGGGGUUCUCUUGUCAGUGACCAAUGGGUACUGACUGCUGCUCACUGCUAUAAGCCCCAACUACAGGUUCGUCUGGGAGAAUCAAACAUUCGUAAAGUCGAAGGCAGUGAGCAAAUCGUUUAUGCUGCCAAGAUCAUCCCCCACCCCAAGUACAACAAUGACACCACUGAUAAUGACAUCAUGCUGAUUAAACUGAACUCACCAGCCACCAUCAACUCUCGAGUGUCCACUGUCUCUCUGCCAAACUCCUGCCCAACAUUUGAUACUGAGUGCCUUGUGUCAGGCUGGGAUGACACAGUGAAUGUAGGAAGUAACCUCUCUUCAGAUCUUCAGUGUCUGAAUGCCCCGAUCCUGUCAGACUCUGUUUGCCACAGUGACUACCCACAUCAGAUCACAAGAAACAUGUUUUGUGUUGGCGUUGUGGAAGAGGGAAAGGAUACCUGCCAGUAUGAUUCUGGUGGCCCCGUGGUCUGCAAUAGAGAACUCCAGGGUGUUGUCUCCUGGGGCGCUAAUUGUGGUGAGAAAGGGAAACCUGGUGUGUCCACCAAAGUGUGCAACUACCUGGAAUGGAUUCAACGGACCAUUGAGGCCAACUAA